GGUGAUGUUUGGAAGCGAAAAUCUACUAAAUAGUUCAUAGUUUAUCCUCUCGAAUUUCUCCUCGACACAUUCACAGCUUUGAGCAAUGGCGUCGACAAUAUCUCUGAGUGCUCAACUGCCAAAUCUCCGAGGGAUUUCUGAUUUGAAGAAGCGAAGUAACCUAAAUUCAAUGUCAAAUAUAGUUGGUGCGCGGAUCUCACCUUAUGGCCCUUGGAAAGUUGAGAAAAAUAGUAGAUCUCUUUGUGUUUGUGGUCUAUUUGGGGGAAAAAAGGAGAAUGGGGAGAAGGAUGAUGCGCCUUCAAAGGCAGGAAUCUUUGGAAAUAUGCAGAAUUUAUAUGAAACUGUGAGGACGGCGCAACAGGUUGUCCAAGUAGAGGCAGUGCGUGUACAAAAAGAACUUGCAGCGGCAGAAUUUGAUGGCUACUGCGAAGGAGAGCUAAUAAAGGUGACAUUAUCCGGGAACCAGCAACCUCUUCGCACAGAGAUCACUGAGGCUGCAAUGAAAUUAGGACCAGAAAAACUUUCCCUUCUGGUUACUGAAGCAUAUCGGGAUGCACAUCAGAAGAGUGUUCAGGCCAUGAAGCAAAGAAUGAGUGAUCUUGCUCAGAGCUUAGGCAUGCCCCAGGGCCUCGGUGAGGGAUUAAAGUAGACCGUUUAUGUGCGUCGAGCAUCAGUUUUGUAAACGCAGCGGCAGUGAGACGACUAAUUGUAAUCCGACUUCUGCAGCAAAUUCCAUAUUGGUUUUUACUGGUGAACUAAAUGUUUGGGAACCUUUUUCUCCAUUUCUAAAUGUAAAAAAGACAAGCUGUGAUACUUACUGUGGUAUCAAAGAAUCGAAAGAAUGAGAUGAGAACGAGAUUUCAAAUUGGAAUCUGCUAUAGAAGUGAUAUCGACACUGGCAUU